ACGCAUUAGACCCGUGGAGGAUACCAUAGCUCCGUGAUUAGACCUUGUACAAGCAAUAUAAACUAUCUGAUUAGUGGGUAGAAUUUUUUUUUAAUCACGCCCUGCUAUAUGCUUAUUGGCCGACUACAGAGAUUUAGGAAGUCACUAUAAACACCAUGAAAAAUGAUUUCUGACCAGAUCAGAGCGGAUCGUUGAUUCAGAAAGACUGGGAUACCCGAGCUGAAAUUAGUUUUACUGCAGUGUCUUGCAGAACUUGCUGCUCGCUGGGAAUUUAUCGUAUUCAUUAAUUGAUUUAAAGAAGGGAAGGAAUAUUAGCCUCAGUGUUAGUAAUCAAAUUACUAUGGUUAUUUUCAUCAAAUUAUGCGAAUGACCUUUUUAUUGAAAAAUACUCAACUCGACAUAGGCCUAUACAUCAAAUUUCGAGAUGUAUUUCAGGUUGGGUUGAAUCCUAAUACAAAGUUUACCUUCAUCCAUCCAUCUGCGUGGAAAUUGGCUGUUAUUUAUUGCACAUAUCUUGUGAACCAUUACUAAGAACACUCUGUUGAUUGAGGACUGUUAAAGAGUUUAUUUUUAUCAUCGAAUGUUCUUUCGCGAUGUUUAGACAUCACCUCCGCAGUUGCAUGGGUGAGCUAGAUUAAUUCCAACCGGACAUCUCUAUUUCGACCAUUUCGACUCCCCAUAUAUCGAGUCCCGGACGAACGUCAUAUUCGGCGUUCAAUCUCUGACCUGUCAUUGACGGCUGUCAGAUCCAUUCCGCUCGGCAGCUAUACCUGAUUUUUUAGGAGAGCAACGCGUUCACCCAAACCAGCAAACGCAUUCACGUUUAAGGCGAUGCUCGCAGAAACGACCUCGAUUCGCAGGAGAGAGAAACCGCCACAGUUCACAGUCGACCGCCGAGCCAUGAUCAUCGAACGCACCAUGCAGCAGCCCCCGCCGCCAGAGUACGCGACCUUCGUCGAGAUGAAGCACAUGGCGGGAAAAGUGGCUGUUCUCCGGGAGAAAACCUGGGAGCUCUACACCAAACAGAUGACCUUGGAGAAGAGUUUCACCACCACGGGAGAUGGUUUCUCGCAGCUGAAGUCCCGAGUGAGUAGCUGCCACUCGGUGAGCGUCAAGCUCAAGAAAGAGAACAGUGGGAUCGAACGCGAGGUGGGUGAACUCCGCGGAGGGAUGAGAAGUUUGGCAAAGAGAGCCGAUACCCUCAACAAACGCCUGGAUGAAAUCGAUCAACUUAUCCUGGUCAGGAAGUCAAGGAAUGGCGAAGAUCUCAAAAGGUUUGGACGGAUUUUCCCGCCAGCUGGACAACGCCUGUCACUGAGGAGGAAAGUUGGCUCAUUUUUAGCGACAUAGACAAGAAGAACUUUAGAAAGGACUUUAAUCAAGACCACAUCUUGGUAAUUUAUAUCGAUGAGACAAAAAGGAUUGUGGUGUGCAGACAUUUAAAUCUGAAACGACCUGUGAUCUUAUUCAAGGUAGGCUGGAAGAAAAGACAAUCAUUUAGACGGAUGUUUUAUUAUCUGUUGGCCAUGGUCGACUGACUGGACAAGCUUGAUGCUGUUUCUGUGGCAACACAUCAGUUUCGAUCUCGCAUCAUCAAAGAGUUUCGACCAGAAUCUGUUUAAUAAUUGACUGAACAGAGCACUUUCCGGCAAGAAAAGGAGGUCCACAGCUUUUAUUUUCGAAGGUUGAAUAUUCUUAUUUUGUACACUCUAGAAUAUUGUGGUGAUCAUGGUGAUGGUUAUUGAUAUUGAUAACUAAUAAGUUGUAUAAAAGACAAUAAUUACAUCACAAAAAGUCUUUCGAUAUGUUGUUUGGGCAUUCUUUAUCUUCAGGAAAUGUUAUAGAUCUAUCUGGAAUUUCACAGAGAAAAAGCAUCAUUCUUUGUAAUUUGUUUGAUUGUAUAUAAUUAUGACAACAAAUAAAGUAAAACAGAAAAACAUUACCGUACCGUUAAGUUCCGUUUGGUCAAGCCAUUCGAAUUUGUUUUACAUUAAUCGAUAUUCAUUCAGUUCAUGAGGUCAUUCAGGUCAUGAAAAAUAUCAAAUCUAUCGAACACAAUGUAGAAGAAUACAUUAUAGCUUUAUUUAAGUUGUAUGUAACGUACAUGAUGUAGGUUCUUUCAAGGUCGACGAUCUCUGGGCCCUACGGGUUCGAUCUAGGGUAGCCUAUGACGUCAUCGAGUUGCCAGGCAAAAAAAUUCUCGAGUAAAAUCAACUUCACACAAGAGUUGAACCGAACGUCUCCUCUCCUCUUCAGGAAAAUCGAAUCAAUUGAAAAGAGGAAAUUGUGUUACGGAUUACGACUACAAAUAGCUGCACCGUGUUGAAAAGUGGUUUUAUAGUUUGCAUGUACAGAGGUGAUAAAGUCAGAUUAGCCUGUUUUAAUCCCAUGGAUCUGAAUAAAAUACUCUGAAAUAUAUAAUAUGGAGCUGCUGGGUAUUGAUAAAAUUUCUAUUAAUUACCACCUUGCUCGGAAAAUUGAUUCAGAGCUGUUCAUAGUAUGGCAUGAUUGAUAGAGGUUUUUCUGAAACCCUUUCCACAUGGAGUGACUUGUACGCAAAGAAGCAUCGACAUUAAAUAUCAGUUAUUCCUUUGUUUGUUUGUUUCAUGAAAAUUAUGUGCUUGGAUUCCAUGAAAAUAUGAUAGUUUACUGCUGUCUUCGUCGAAUUGAUUUAAAAAUUAUGUUAUUAUUUUGUUUGUAAUCCUCGUAUAGCUAUCGAGUUGUCUGUAGGCUUACAUUAUUUUGUUUCUGCCGUAUUCUUUUGUAAAUUGCACAGGUGUAUUUAUCGAUUAUGCCUGUUUGAUUUCAAUUUAUAAUCUAUUCAACAGUCUUGCCAAAAUUCAAACUGAAAUGUAUGCACUGAAAGAAUUUGAAAUUGACAUUUUUGUGACUUGCAUUAUAGCAAAUGACGUCGAAUUCGUACUGAGCUAUAAAAAAUGGAAGGGGGGGGGGAGUAUUGCGACUGAGGGCAUAAAAGAGUGAUUUUGACAGCAACGAAAUUUCGUCAAAAUUUUUGUGCCUGUUACAGUGAGUAAUUUUUGUGGCAUUGUUGCCAUGGUUUUCUAAUGAUCUGUCAGGAGCAGUUGUAUUCUAUUCUUGUCUUUGUUCUAAACUGACAUCUUCUUGUUGGAUUUAAUCUUGUCCAGGUUAAAGCUUAGUAAGAUAUUUGUCACUUGAUAAUAUAGCAUUGUGUCUGUUCUGAUUGAAACUUAAAUAAAUUUUGUUUAGUGUUUCUGUUUCGAACAGGAUGGUCCAAGCUAGGUAUGAAAAUGUGAAACACAUGUUCUUUCCUUACGUUCAAUUAUUCUUCCGACAUUUUUUUUAAAGAAUCUAGGGGCUAAAAGGAAAUGUGGUUAUGCUGAUUUUAAUCAACCAAUCCCCAGAGGUCCUUGCUAUUCUCCCAUCCCUGGGCAAAUGUUUCUAUUAUUUUGAUGACAGAUUCCUGUUUCUUCAUCUUCUCUUUGUCUGUAUCUUUUUAAGUAUCAUUUUUUUGCUUCUCUUGCCAUAAUGAAAGUGUUUCUUCCACGCAUUUCCAGUUUCAGUUUCAGGUUUGCAUUUGUUUUGUUAUUCUUUUUAAAGUAUUGAUCAGAUUAUCCAAUUCAUGAAUUCUUGAAUACGACUGUGUAUAGUAUGAUAGUGGUAGUGGGUAUGUCAUAUAAUCGUAAAAAUAUGAAGAAAAUAAUGCAUUAUUCCGUUAUCAAAAGGAUUUGUUUCAAAGACGAUAUAAAAAUAGGGUCCAUAUAACAUGAGACGCAAAUUAGUUUGAAAAUUAAGGGAAGAUGUCCGAGUCCAUGACAAACAAUAAAAAAGAUUCAUAUGAAAUUUAAUAUUAACUAUACCGUACAUCUUUAUUUUUCGUGUUUCCAGAGUUAAAAUAUAGAGAUAGGAAUUCUUAAAGGGAAGCUCUUGCACUCGGCUAGGAAUAUAAUAUUGCCUUUUUUCUGACAGUUGCAUUCCCGAUCUUUUUACGCAACCGGAAAAUGAAAUCAUAAUCUUAAUGACUGGGUUGAAGUACGAAGUAGGACACAUCUAAAAUUAGGUCAACACUUUUCACUUGGCAAGCAUCGAUAUGGAAUUAAAUGAAAUACGGUGACGAGGCUGAAAUACUUUGAUAGUGUGAAAUACGAUGAUUUAUAGUGAUUAGUGAUAUACACCGCCGGAUCUAGAUGCUAUAUUAGGCGUAUUAAUAGUAGAAAUAUCGAGAGGGCAUAACAGGAAAUAAUAUAUUUAAACAUUUAAUUUAAAUGAUGAAGUACUAAAUGUCUUGUGGUCACUAUGUUGCAUGCUUUUCUGACUGAACCGAAAUUCUUUUUGACAAAAUGGUGCAAUCGUAUUUGUGAAGAAUGUACAUGAUGAUGAGGAAUAUGCUUGUAUAUAUUAAUGUGCAAUUGAAAUAAAAUAUGAUAUUAUAGGGUAAA